AUGGCUAAGAGCAUUUCUAGCUUGGACGCUGAGAUGGUAGGGAUAUAUAAGCAGGCUGCGAAUAUGCGCGUUGUAAGCUUCCUGCCCAAGAACAAUCUGCUUCGCGUCCGCUUUCCACAGUUCCUUGCUUGCCAAAUCCAAUCUCUUGAAGCCAUGCGUGACGAGUACAGCUCCUGCACUCAGGUCUCACCGUCGUGUCCCGUCUCGGCGACGACGUACGGGUAUUACCCAAAUCUGGGCGCCAAUGCCUUCUUCCUCGCUCUCUUCACUCUCCUCUUCAUCCUUCACAUACCGCUCACGAUUCACUACCGUCUAUGGACCUACUCCUUCGCUGUUGCCUCCAGCUGCUUUCUUGAGCUACUUGGGUACGCUGGCCGUCUGAUGAUGCACUCCAACCCAUGGUCUGAGAACGGCUUCCGCAUCCAGAUCAUCUGCCUGGUCUUCGGACCGUCCUUCCUCGCCGCGGGAAUCUACCUCACGCUGAAGCACCUCAUCUUGCACUUUGGCGCUGAAUUCUCGCGCCUGAAGCCCAGAUUGUACACCUGGGUCUUUAUCGGUUGCGACGUCUUCUCUAUCAUCACACAGAGCGGCGGUGGAGGCGUGGCCGUUGCUGGGAAAAGCAAACCACACCUCGCCACCAUCGGCAACGACAUUAUAGUUGCAGGGAUCUCGUUCCAAGUCGUCACGAUGGGCGUGUGUGGGCUUUUUGCAAUAGACUAUGCGUUUCGCCUGUGGAAGAGCAAGAAGGCCAGCGGCUUCGCUUUCAGAGUGCGGCUCAGUCGACCUCAUGUCUUCUGCAUCACGUCGGCGCUCGCGUACGUCUUCGUGCUGAUCCGUUGCAUAUAUCGCGUUCCCGAGAUGGCAGGCGGCUGGGGAAACAAGCUUAUGCGGCGUGAGACCGAGUUUUUGGUCUUGGACGGCCUUAUGAUUGCAUUCGCGUCGAUUCUUCUAACAGUCAGUCACCCCGGCUUCAUGUUUCCUGGAAUCAUGGGCUCGGAGAAGGAAUCACAUCGCCUCGUCAGCCUCCACAGCGCACAUCAAGAGGAGGAGAACGAAUCAGCAUAUUGGAGGAGACGGCAAAGAGAAAAGAAUAGCUUGCUGUAGACACACGAUUCAGUAGGAGGUAGUUGCGCAAUUUCCCAGACCUUGACAGGAGUUUGGCUUGGAUCCCAAGUUUCAUUAGAUCUGGAUUAGACCAGUUAACAUAUCAGAGAAUUUCCAACUGAUCAAGUAGAUA